CCAGUGGUGCAGGCAGCACGAGUGGGUGGAGUUGAGGGACUGCAUGGGCACAUGCUUCCUGCAGUGUGUUAGCAGGAAGAGAUGUGGGCAACUUGGUGGUGCUGACUACUCCCCCACUCUUUCACCUCUUUCACCCUUCCCAUUCAUUUUGCACUUUCUAAGUACCCUCUAGGAAGCUGCAGCAACAGGGUUGCCAGAUUUAUGGAUCCAUAAUCAUUCACGUCACAGCCUGAGGGACAUGAAGCUGGAACAGGAUAAUAGCCCUUAAAUCCCCUUCUCUAAGCACUCAGAUCUUCCCUGUCAGCAAGAUUAAAACGGUCAACAGCAGUCUUCAUGUGUCUAUAUCCCACACUGAGCUUUCACAGCAACUGGAGUGGUGACUGGCAGGAGGAAAAAUGCAGAACUGCCGCUGUGCUUGAUAUCACUGAGGUGAAGAGAGAAGAGAGCAGGACUGUCAGUCUUCUUAGUACCAGAAAGGAUUGGUGCUAAUUUGUCAACCAGGUGAAUGAUAAGGGAGAAGAGCAAGGGAAAAUAGUAUGUUGCAAUUUAACAUGAGGAGGCAGUUUCCUUUCCUGAAAGCUAAAGGAAGAGAGAGGGAAGCAGCAAAUGUCCUUCCACAGCCCACCAAGAGGAAGGACAAUGAAGGCAUGUGUUUAAACAAGCAGAGUGGCUUUUCUGCCACUGCUCCGCUGAGCUCCCAGCCCCUGCUGCUCCUUGGACCAGAGGGGAAUUACAACUAUUAUGUGGACGAUGAAGAUGAGGAAGAAGAAGAGAAAGAACAAGGAAAAUGGCCAACCGGAGACCCAUUUGAGGGAGAAAACAAGGUAUCAUCAUCCAUUCCUUGCUCCCCUGCCUUUUCCUCUGGAGCCCCAGCCAUGGCAUCCACUUCAUCCGUCCUGAACAUUAACGUCGGUGGUCAAAGCUAUCGCCUCACCUACCAGGCAGUGGCCAUCUACCCCAAGACCCGCCUGGGUCGCCUGGCCACCUCCACCGACCGUCGCUGCCAGUUGGGCCUGUGCGAUGACUAUGCCGCCCAGGUAGACGAGUAUUUCUUCGACCGUGACCCAGCUGUCUUCCAGCUGGUGUACAAUUUCUAUGCCUCAGGGGUGCUGCGUGUGAGGGACGAGCUUUGCCCACGCAGCUUCCUGGAGGAGUUGAGCUACUGGGGCGUGCGGCUCAAAUACACACCCCGCUGCUGCCGCAUCUGCUUCGAGGAGCGUCGCGACGAGCUGAGUGAGCAGCUGAAGGUCCAGCGCGAGCUGCGCUCCCAGGCAGAGGCUCAGGAGAACGAGCAACUUUUCCACCACAUGCGCUACUAUGGGCCCCAGCGCUGGCGCCUCUGGAACCUCAUGGAGAAGCCCUUCUCCUCUGUGACCGCCAAAGUGAUGGCAGUGGCCUCCAGCUUCUUUGUGCUCAUCUCCGUGGUUGCCCUGGCACUCAACACAGUGGAAGAGAUGCAGCAGGUGGACCGGAAGAGUGGGGAGAGCCGGCCUGUCCUGGAGCACAUUGAGACCCUGUGCAUUGCAUUCUUCACCCUGGAGUACUUGCUGCGCUUGGUUUCUACCCCAGACCUGCGUCGCUUUGCCAGCAGCGCACUCAAUGCUGUGGACCUCAUUGCCAUCCUCCCCCUCUACCUGCAGCUGUUGCUAGAAUGUUUUGCUGAUGAUGACCAGCCCCGAGGCCGGGGCUCCCAGCAUGAACACGAUAUCGAGAAGGUGGGACGGGUGGGCAAAGUGGGACAAGUGCUUCGCAUCAUGCGCCUCAUGCGCAUCUUCCGCAUUCUCAAGCUGGCCCGCCACUCCACAGGGCUGCGUGCCUUCGGCUUUACCUUGCGCCAGUGCUACCAGCAGGUGGGCUGCCUUUUGCUCUUCAUUGCCAUGGGCAUCUUCGCCUUCUCUGCCAUGGUCUACACAGUGGAGCAUGAUGUCUCUAGUACCAACUUCACCAGCAUCCCCCAUGCUUGGUGGUGGGCUGCCGUCAGCAUCUCUACAGUGGGAUACGGAGACAUGUGUCCAGAAACUCACCUUGGCCGCCUGUUCGCGUUCCUCUGCAUCGCGUUCGGUAUAAUCCUGAAUGGCAUGCCCAUCUCCAUACUCUACAACAAAUUCUCAGACUAUUACAGCAAGCUGAAGGCCUACGAGUACACUGCUCUCAAGAAAGAAAGGGGGAAGGUGGACUUCACACGGAGAGCCAUGAAGAAAAUAUCUGAAUGCUGCGGAGAAAGUGCUACUCGCCCUUUGCCGCAACACUGAUAUGAGCAAUGCCUUGGAUGUUGGGUUGGAACAGGGAAGCUGAAGGAAAAGAGGGAAAAUUGAUCAGUCAAGCUAACUGGAGAUAAACUGAAAAGGCUGAAAGUAACAAAAAUUAGAUGGUGAAAUCUGUUUUGAAGUGAGUUACUUUUAAAAGAAAAAAGGCUCAGUUUAUAACAAAAGAUUUAUUUUUUCUUGGCUUUGUUAGUCUGAGAGCAGCACUCAAGUGCUCAUCUACUAUCUGGAAGGAGAUUAUUCAGACAAAUCACCCAGAAACUCUGAAUUAGAUCCACGCAAAGAUGUGACCCCUUAAAACCGAUCAGACCAAUGUCGAAGACCAAUGACCAAACCAAAGGGAAACAAAUUGCUGCCAUUAAGGGUCAGACUCUUCACUACUGCCAGGGAAGUCUUAAAUAGUAUACUGACUGCAUUGCUGAAAUUGGCUUUGCAUCAUCUUUCAAAACCAGGAAAACAGCCUAGAAUGUCUUCCUGAAUAUGAGCAGCAUCUACAUUCCAUGAGCUUUCAGCUUCCAUUUGCACUGCUAGUUAUACUUCAGUGUCCCAAUUGUACUUUUCAUCCCAGCAAGUGACUUCCAUUUUCACACCUAGGUGAGCAACAUGCUGGUUUUACUAUUUUCCUUACCACUACCUCCAUAAUCAUCUUCCAUUAUGCCAAGAGCUAGUGAAAAAAUCUGGAUUUUGAGUUGAUAAAUGUCAUUGGCUUUGAAAAUAUUUCUAAACAAAUACCUUCUCUAGGGUUAAGUGAUAAUCUACAUUUAUUCUACUACAUUUAAUGUAUCUGCUUAUUGAAAUGUUAGAAAAAUAACAGGCCUGUCACAGGAUGUAAAUGCUAGAGAAAUGUUCUGAAAAAAUACUCAAAUGAAACAUGUAAUAGAUAAUAUAACACUUUUCAUGAAAAGGAUCUUAUUAGCUCUUGUCUGAAGCCAAAUUUAAAUAUAAUUUAAAGUCAAGAUACUUUGAUACAUACAGAUAUUAAGGACACAUUUCUGACACCUUAACCCAUCUUCAGUAGUACCUUAUUUCCUGAAAUUACUCAGC